CCAAUCAAACGUCAGACCGCACGCAGGCGCACUUUUUAAAUGAUUAAUCUGGACGCCUGCAGCCGGCAGACUCGUUAGCGUUCUCUGUUCAGUAUCUGCUCACUAUGGCGGUUUUUAGGCUUUUAUUUCUGUCGUGUUUCUGCUCGUUUGGACUUAUUGACAGCACGGAGGACGUGCAGGUUCAGGAGCAGCUGUUUUUAAGUUCUCUGGGUCUUUCCAGUCGGCCGAGGCCGUCAGCUCGGGGUCCUGUGCCCUCACUACUGUGGAGGAUCUUCAAGAAAACCGACGAGAAGCGACCGGAUACUGACCCGGAUCCGUGCACGGUGCCGGAGUACGGAGUGAGGGGCAACAUCGUCAGAUAUGUCCUGGACCAAGGUAGACUCAUUUCUGACUCAAUCAGCCACGGUGUGGAGAAGCAUCUUUUUUUCAACAUGUCUGUUCUGGAGGAUGUGGAGCAGCUUUCUUUUGCCCAGCUUGAGCUGAAGUUCAAGCCAGACCUUUCCCACUUGUCCCACCAGGUUGGUCAGCAUACUUUCAGCAUGCACCUCUACAAGGUCUUGAGGACCUCACUGAAAGGCAUGAGCCAUGACUCUAGCCGCAGACUGCUGCUCUCCCAGUCUGUUCAUUACACACACAGCACUACCGUCCACUUCAACCUGACCGACCUGGCUGAAUGGUGGAGGAAGCCAGGCAAGAACUUUGGGCUGGUGCUUGUUCUGCAGUCUACUCGGCUAGACAACCAGCUGGACCCAGUGGACUAUGACUCUAGUUUUGUGGGGGUCCCUGAACUGGUCACGUCACUGGUGGUUGUGUCUCUGAACCCUUACCAGUGUAGAUCGAGGAAGAAGAGAAGUGCCUACUAUGUGCCUGUGAGCCCCAGCAAUGUGUGCAAGCCCAGGCGCCUCUACAUCGACUUCAGAGACGUCGGCUGGCAGGACUGGAUCAUCGCGCCCCAGGGCUAUGUGGCCAACUACUGCCAUGGAGAGUGUCCUUUUCCACUUAGUGAGAGUCUGAAUGGGACUAACCACGCCAUUCUGCAGACCCUGGUCCACUCCUUUGACCCAAAGGGGACGCCUCAGCCCUGCUGCGUCCCGGUCAAACUGUCUCCUAUUUCAAUGCUUUACUAUGACAAUAAUGACAAUGUUGUCCUCAGGCAUUAUGAGGACAUGGUGGUGGAUGAAUGCGGCUGCAGAUGAGCUACAUUUUUGUUUGUUUGUAUUUUACGAAUGGAAAAUAAUAAAAACUUGCCUUUUUUUAAACAAAAAAUAA